ACCAUAAUAAUCAGCAACUGGCAGUGUGACAAACACCAGUGGGGGGUCCCCCUCCCCAUCACGAUUUGGAGGCUGUUUUGAUUUAAGAGUCGCUCUGUUGUUGGUCUCUUCCUCCAAACUGCAUACCUGGACAGGUAACAAAAGGGACUAAAUUCUGCUCCGGAGACUGCGUGGUCCCCAAGCAAAAUCCCAAACCGAAAGCCAUGUAGGACCGACAUAUUUUUUGGGUCCCCUUUCCCAGAUCCUUUAAAAACAAACAAACAAAACUGCAUCCAGAGUCCUGGUGGAGAACUCGCACGUUUGCACGCUUUCCCGCCGCUGCUUCUGUUUUGCCCUGCGUGGCUGUUAUUGUUCAGCUGGGCUUUGUUUGCGGCGGGUGAUGCAUGAGCGACGAUGGCCCAGGAUCAAAAACGAAUCUGCCGUGCCUGUCUGGACACGUUUCCCCUGGUUUAAACCACGCACACGUGCACCCACCCAGGAAAAGGAGGGGGUUGAUUCUGCCCUCCCAAGGCUGACGGCAGCUGAAGACCUCCCGCUGUUACAACUGAUCUUCAGCAGGCCUCUGGGGCUGGCAUCCCCUGGUACCCUUUGCUGAGUCUGAAGGUCUUCUCUAGCUAGCCGGGACCUAUUUGCUGGACGAAGCAUCAGGGAUUCCUCACACAUACACAAGAACCUCUCGAUCCCCACCCCAGCUUGGGGCCAAUCGAUGCUGGAAAGGCCGACAGGUGAGAACGCCUGCGAGACGCCACCAGAAGACCAACCUUCUCAUCAUUCUUCAUAAGUCCGCAACAUGAAGUUCUUCUACAAGGCUCUGCCCGUCUUCUGGAUGCUGUCGGAAGGGGUUCUAGCUGGGCCCUGGAGCGCCUGGAUGCCAGAGAACAUUGUUGCCUUCGAGGGCACCUGUGUGGUCAUCCCCUGCCGUUUCAACUACCCCGAAGAGCUGCGCCCGUCGGUUGUGCACGGCAUCUGGUACUUCAACAGCCCCUACCCCAAGAACUACCCUCCCGUAGUCUACAAGUCUCGCACCAACAUUGUCCACGAGAGCUACGUCGGGCGCACCCGGCUGACGGGAGACCUGAACUCUCGCAACUGCUCCCUGCAGAUCACCCGCCUCAGCCCGGAGCUGACCGGCAAAUAUUACUUCCGCGGAGACCUGGGUGGCUACAAUCAGUAUACCUACUCAGAGCACUGCAACCUGGAGAUUAUCAACCAGCCCUCCAUUGUGACCCCGCCCGAAGUGCUGGAAGGGUCGGAGGUUGAGCUGCGCUGCGUGGUGCCCGACAACUGCCCUGAGAUGAAACCCAUCGUCUCGUGGUCCAACCACGAAGGUCUGAAGGAGUACUCGGUCUACGGGCAGGUGGAAGAGGAGGGCAGCACCUGGUCUCUCAUUUCCACACUCAAGUUCCUACCUUCGCGUGAGAACAACCAUCAGGAGUUAGCCUGCAAGGUCACCUACAUCAACACCACCUUCGAGUUUGAUGCCUACUCCGCCCUGGAUGUCAAAUAUGUACCCCGUAUCGUGCAAGCAAAUUCCUCUUCAGAGGUAAUACAGGGCUCGCCGGUGGUAUUGGUGUGCACGGUGGACAGCAACCCCUUGGCCCUCAUCUCUUGGCUCAGGGACGACGACGUUCUGUAUGAAGCACAAGGUGGAAGCCUCACGCUGCAUGUCGAAAACAUAACCUACCUGCAAGAUGGCAUCUACACUUGUGUGGCUGAGAACAUCUACGGGAAGGAGAACCAUUCUCUGGCCUUGACCGUGAUGUAUGCCCCUUGGAAACCCAUAGUGAAUGGGUCGGUGGUGGCAGUCGAGGGAGACCCUGUGACCAUCCUAUGCAGCACGCAGAGCAACCCUGAGCCCAUCAUCACCAUCUUCAAGGAGAAGAAGGUCAUGAAGACUGUGGUCUACAGUAAUCAGCUGGCCCUGGAGUUCGCCUCCGUGACGCACGAGGAUGACGGCGAAUACUGGUGCAUUGCCGAAAACCAGUUUGGCCAAAGCAGUAGCCCCUUCAACUUGACUGUUGAAUUUGCUCCACUUAUCCUCACCGAAUCCAAGUGCACGGCCGCACGGGAUACGGUGCAGUGCGUCUGUGCAGCGAAAUCGAAUCCUGAGGCCGUGAUCAUCUUCAAGCUGCCCAGCCGCAACGUGACGGUGAACGAGACCGAUCGGGAGUUUGUGUAUUCGCAGAGAACCGGCUACACAGUCACCAGCAUCCUGACCCUGCGGGGGGAGGUGGACUCUCAGCUGUACAUCGUCUGCUCCGCGAAGAACUUCUACGGCACCAAGGACCAGCAGCUCCAUUUCCACCACUCCAACAGUCUGAUGUGGGCAAAAGUCGGACCAGUGGGAGCAGUCGUAGCCUUUGCGAUCCUCAUCGCCGUGGUGUGUUACGUCAGCCAGACCAGGAGGAAGAAAAACAUGAAUGAAAAUUCAAGCUUCAUGCAGACAGAAAACCCUCCCGUCAUCUACAGCGGAGACUACAAGACUCCAGGCAACCUGGAGAAAUCGGAGUACGGACGCCACCCGGGUACCGACAAACGGCUCUUGAACAAGCGGGAGGACCUGGGCAUUGACUACGCCAACAUAGACUUCACCAAACUGUCCACCAAGGAUAGCUACACCCUGACGGAGGAGCUGGCUGAAUACGCCGAGAUCCGAGUCAAAUGAGACUUGUUCGGUACAACCACGGCAGCUCCCACGGAUCUCCGAACAUAAGUCAGUCGCCUAAUUGACACCCCUCGCCAAGCCAGCUGGCCCAGCUAACCCUACCGGUCCAUCGAGAUGAGCCUAUCCACCGGCUUCUUCUGUAAAUGUAUGUCAUGAUGCUCCCGCCGUGAGAUCCCCACGUGAUGUUUGUGUUUUCUUCAGGACACACGCUGAAGAUCACUUUAAUGUAUUUUUAUGCGUACCCUCAGCUGCCCGCUUUUCAAACUAUUAUUUCAGCCACACAAUCAGGGCGAUUACAAAACAGUAAAAGGACAGCCGUAUUCCACUCCUUACAAUCCAUACCAAUUUUUCCAGUCCACGUUUUCCACAUCUGCAAAGAUCGGGGAGCCGUCCUUGCUCCCAAUUAAUGCUGAAAAGAUUAACAAGUCCAAAAUGACAGAGUGAUUUGACUUAUGUACCCUUCUCAUUCCACUCAAAGAUCACCUUUUUGGUAUGCACAUGCGGACGUGUGUGGUGGAUAUCUGUUGGCACACACCGGGCUGAUUCUGGUUCAUGCCAGCUACUACCUGCUGCAGAUCUGUGAUCUCAGCAGAUCUCAAAAAGUCCAUUUCAUACUCCAGGCCCAGGUUUCAGAAAGCACGAAGUCAUGAAGGUCAAACGCUGAUGCAGAAUUCAUGGCAGACCAGUGUCCUUAGUUAGAAUAGCAGGAGGGUGCUUCAACAAACUAUGUGAUUUAGGUUACCCAAAGCAGCAUCGCUGGUGAGAACCCCAGUAGUGUGGUUAAGAGCGGCGGAUUCUAAUCUAGUAAACCGGGUUUGAUUCCCCACUGCUCCACGUGAGCAGUAGAUUCUAAUCUAGUU